UUCACUGCAAAAUUUAUUUGAUUUUUUCAAGGACUUAAACAAAAAUAAGUUCGAAAAUGAGUUUUUGAUAGAAAACGAUGUAAAUUCUGAUACAGUAAAUGAAAAUUUGAAUUGUCCAAUAACCCGGGAGGAAAUUUUGAAAGCUGUAAAAAAAGCUAAAAAUAAUAAAUCACCGGGUGAAGACCAAGUAAUUAAUGAAUAUAUUGCUUCUUCUCUUGAUUGUAUGGUUGAUAUUUAUGUAUAUUUAUUUAAUAUUGUAUUUGAUACGGGAAUCUUGCCUGAGGCUUGGCUUAUUGGAAAUGUCAUACCUAUUUUCAAAAACAAGGGGAGUAAAUUAGACGCCAAAAAUUAUAGACCGAUUACACUUUUGUCUUGUCUUGGGAAAGUUUUCACUUCAAUUCUUAACGACAGACUUGGGGAUUUUAUUGAAAAUUAUAACAUCUUAAACGAAAACCAAGCAGGUUUCCGGCAAGGUUAUUCCACAACAGAUCAUUGAAAAUGAACUUUUUGUAUAUUUUAAAUUUUUUCUGUUAUUGUAUGCUGAUGAUACAAUACUACUUUCUGAAUCUAGCCAUGAUUUACAAUGUAUGUUGGACAAAUUUUCAGAGUAUAUGCAAACAAUGGAAAUUGAAAAUUAAUAUAAAUAAAACGAAAAUUAUGAUAUUCUCAAAAGGUAGAAUACCUAGAAACUUAUUAUUUAAUAUAGAUGGAAAUGAAAUUGAGAUAGUCAGUAGUUAUAAAUAUCUUGGUAUUGUAUUUUCUAGAAGUGGCUCGUUUCUUUCCACCAGAAAAUAUCUUCGUGACCAGGCGAUUAAAGCAAUGUAUGCUGUGAUAAAAAAAUCCAGAUUAAAUAACUUGUCGAUCGAGUGCCAACUCGAUAUGUUUGAUAAGGCUAUUGUUCCUAUACUAACUUAUGGGUGUGAGAUAUGGGGAUUCGAAAAUUUAGAUAUUCUUGAGAGAGUUCAUUUGCGUUUUUGCAAACAUAUAUUGAGGUUAAAAAAAUCGACCCCCAAUUUUAUGGUCUAUGGGGAAUUGGGAAGAUGUCCCAUUUCUGUUACCGUCAAGUCACGUAUGAUUAAUUUCUGGUGUCGUUUACAAGAAGGAAAAGAGAGCAAAAUAUCAUGUUUAUUAUAUAAGCUGUUAUAUGUAAAUUUUAAUAACUAUGGUUAUGAUAGUAAAUGGAUAUUAUAUAUAAAGAAAAUUUUUGAUGACUGUGGAAUGUCAAAUAUAUGGCAAAGUCACAACUUAUUUGAGAAACGUUGGGUUGUAUUGAGUGUUCAGCAAAGAUUAAGAGAUCAGUUCAUUCAAGAAUGGUCAACAGAAAUGAACACUUCGCCCAAGGGGCUGUGUUAUAGAUUGUACAAAAAUGUUUUUAAAUUUGAACACUAUUUAUCAGUUCUACCAUUUAAUUUAUUAAUAACCUUAUGUAAAUUUAGAUGUGGGAAUAACCGUUUGCCCAUUGAGACGGGAAGGUGGCGCAACAUACCAAGAUCUGAAAGAUUGUGUCACCUUUGUGGCUCAGCUGACAUUGGUGAUGAAAACCAUUAUAUCAUGUCUUGUAAUUAUUUCAAAGAUGAAAGAUGCAAAUACUUACCUCAUUAUUGUAUUAAAAAUAUAAAUGUUAUCAAAUUCAAACAAGUAUGUUCAACCCAAAAUAUUGUUGAACUUGAGAAACUUUGUAGAUUUAUUAAAUCUAUUUCUGUGAAAGUCUAUCCUCCUGGUUAAUACAACUAUAUGUUUAUUUAUCAUUUGUGUAAAUAUUUAUCAUAUUAAUUUUGUAUUUCACACAUGCUAUAUCUUAUAUAUGUUAUAUAUAUUAUUGUAAUAUCUUCUCUGUAACUAUGUAUUUGGUUUAUGAGA